CCCUCUCCCUUGCAAAGCUGUCGCCCUCCCUAAUAUUUUGUACGUUUAUAUCUUGGGAAAUUGGCAUUGCAAAGCUGCAAAGGAGAGCCGUCCUCUGCUCCUCCACGUUUUCCUUGCUGAAAGGAAGGAGGUGGGGAGGCACAGGCAGCGAGCGAGCGAGCACGCAGCAAACCUCUCCUGCGUUUGGGAAAGGGGAGAAGGGAGCGGAAAAAGGAAGGGAGAGAAGAAAAGCAGAGGAGGGGGGAAAGAGCCAGCCCAGGCGAAGGGAGCUGGGUGGAUUCCCCCCGCCCCGUCUGGGUUCCUCCUCCUCCUCUCGGCUCUGUGUGUGUGUGUGUGUGUGUGGAAGGCGGCGACGGCCGAGGGCAAACGGCGCGGACAGCCGCCAGACGGAAGAGCCGAGGAACUGCAUUGCUCCAGAGCCGGAGGGGCGGCUGGCGACACUUUUCCGCUCCUGUCAUUAGAGGGCUCGUCCUCGCUUGCUUCUCCGGCGGACAAGGCAGCCAACAAGCGAGGAGGCAUCCCGCACGAGCCGGAAGAUCAAAGCGCUUGUGGAAGGGCGGGCGCCUCCUGGGAGCGUCCGGAUCGAGGGGCUGGUGCCUGUUCCGCAGAUAAGAGAGAGAGCGAUCUGUGCCUGCAAACGGAAAGAGACCUGUCCGGACGGAAAGAAGAACCUUUGGAUACAUUUCUGCUGUUGCUGUGGAUUCCCCCUCCCCCCGCUCAUAGAUUUGCCUUCUUCUUACUGCAAAACGUCGAGAUCCAAAUCUUCCUCAAUUUUGGGGGGGAUCUCAGUCCCAUUCUUCAACGCCAGGUUGUAUACGCUUCCGUCCUCCUCUUUCUGGACCUUUCCUUUUUGGCUGGAUUUACCACCUACCCUGAUCACUUAAGGAUCUAAAAUCUUGUGCCUUUCCAACCUAUUACAUUUUUGGAGGGGGCUCCUGGCCGUCUCACGCGACCGCAUCGUUGGCGUCUGACCCUGAAGAAAAUACUUCCAUAUUCCGUGGAGGUUUUUUUUUGGGGGGGGGGUCGGGAUCCUGUGAUAGUGUUGGGAAGAGGGCAUGCUAGACUGGCCCCGAAUGAUCCUGGUCGGUACCCCUUAGCGCAUAACCCCAAACACACGCGCGCAGACUUCCUUUACAGAAACGGUAGGGAUUGAUUCUCGCUGCUGCUGUUCGUUUUGCUUGCCAUCCCGCGCCCCCCCCCCGUGGAUUUAAGAAGGUUUUUGAAGAGAGAGACGAAGGUGGGGGGGAAUUAAUCUCCAGCUUGUCCAGAGACUGGCGUAUGCUUCAGAUUGCCUUGGCUGUGUCUCCAGCACCAACAGGAGGAAGAACAGCGCGGCCGCCGCCGCCACCAGCACCGCCAUCAGGGCCCGUCCUCUGUUGCCGCUUCAUCCCAAUCAUUUCAGGCUGCUUAUCCUGGCUGCCUGGACUCGGCUCCCGGAUUCUUCAUGAGUUGCGGACGACAUGCCCGUUUUUUAGCCGGGGAACCUUCUUCUCGUCCCGCAUGUUCAGGACCAAACGAUCGCUGCUCGUCCGAAGACUCUGGCGGAGCCGUGCGCCCGGCGGGGAGGAAGAAGGCGGCGAACUUGGAGAAGGAGGCACGGACAGACGGGCGCAUGGGGCUGGAGGCGGCGGCGGCGGUGGAAGCCGGGGUUGUUGCAUGGGCAAGUCGGGGAAAGUCGCCAAGGCGCACGUCGGAUCGGAGACUGAACUGAAAGCGGUGACCCACUCGGUGCUGAAGAGGUUGAAGGAAAAGCACCUGGAGGGCCUCCUCCAAGCCGUGGAGUCCCGGGGGGGCACCCGGACCUCCUGCCUCCUCUUGCCCACCAAAGUGGACUCCAAGCUGGGCCAGCAUUGGUACUCCCUCCCUCUGCUGCUGUGUAAAGUCUUUCGGUGGCCCGAUCUCAGGCACUGGUCGGAAGUCAAGAGGUUAUGUUGCUGUGAAUCCUAUGGGAAAACUCACCCGGACUUGGUCUGCUGCAACCCCUACCACCUCAGCAGGCUCUGUGAACUAGAGUCUCCCCCUCCUCCUUACUCGAGAUAUCCAAUGGAUUUUCUCAAACCAACUGCAAAUUGUCCAGACUCUGUGCCUUCCUCCACUGAGACAGGGGGGACUAAUUAUCUGGCCCCUGGGGGGCUUUCAGAUUCCCAAGUUCUACAAGAGCCGGGGGAUCCAUCACACUGGUGCGUGGUGGCAUACUGGGAAGAAAAAACACGUGUGGGUCGGCUGUAUUCUGUCCAAGAGCCCUCCCUGGAUAUCUUCUACGAUCUACCUCAGGGGAACGGCUUCUGCCUCGGACAGCUCAAUUCGGACAAUAAAAGCCAGCUGGUGCAGAAAGUCCGCAGCAAGAUUGGCUACGGCAUCCAGCUGACCAAGGAAGUCGAUGGGGUAUGGGUUUAUAACCGCAGCAGUUACCCGAUUUUCAUCAAGUCGGCCACACUGGACAACCCCGACUCCAGGACGUUAUUAGUUCAUAAAGUGUUCCCAGGCUUUUCCAUCAAAGCGUUUGACUAUGAAAAGGCUUACAGCUUGCAGAGGCCCAACGACCACGAAUUCAUGCAGCAGCCGUGGACUGGCUUCACUGUUCAGAUCAGCUUUGUGAAGGGCUGGGGUCAGUGCUAUACAAGACAAUUCAUCAGCAGUUGCCCUUGCUGGUUGGAGGUUAUUUUUAACAACCGAUGACUCAAGACUUAUACCGGACUCAACAAUGACAUUUUAUAACUACUUUGCUGCUAAAUAUCUCCUUCUGAGUGCUUGCUUUUUCAUGCAAACUUUUUUUUGUUUCUGUUUCUGUUUUGAGAAAUAGCUUAUGGAAAGAUUUCUCUCUCUCUCUCUCUCUCUCUCUCUCUCUCUCUCUCUGUUUUUUGGCUUUGGUAUUUUGAUAAGGUUUUUUUCAGUGUGAAUGACCAAUAACUCAGAAGGGGAAAGGGAAGGCAUCUGGGAAAGGGUAGGGUGGGGUGAGGAUUGAGCAGAGUUUCACUUGAACGUGCUUCCCUAGUGGAUCAUUUGUACCCUCUAAGUUAUUACCCAAACACGGUGGGUGUGGAAUUGGAUGCAACUUGGUUUUGGAAUAGCUCCCUCUCAAAUUCCAACAGUCUUCAGGCUUUUCUUUAUAACUCCUUCCCUCCCCCAUAUUGUAAACGCACAUACACCAAUUUAGAGACCUGUGUUUGCUCCUCUAGAUAUGCAGUGUCCUUGUACGCAUUGUCUACCCUGUUCAUUUCAAUGGAGGUAAGCAGAUCCACACACAUGAAGACACGGGGAAUUGAGACCCAUUUUCUCAGAGAGCCAGUGUGGUGUAGUGGUUAAGGUGUUGGACUGCGACCUGGGACACCAGGGUUCGAGUCCCCACACAGCCAUGAAGCUGAUUGCGUGACCUUGGGCCAGUCACUGCCUCUCAGCCUCAGAGGAAGGCAAUGGUAAACCUCUGAAUACUGCUUACCAUGUUCAUAGGGUCGCCAUAAAUCGGGAUCAACUGGAAGGCAGUACAUCAUCAUCAUUCUCAGUUGAAAUGAACAGCGAUGCCAUUGCAAGCAGAAGGGCUCCAAAUGCACAUUGGAGCUACCAUGCUUGUUUUUUGUUUAAUCCUGUAUAAGGAUAAGCUCUUUUAAAACAAUUUAUCUUGCACCAGGUUCUCUCAAAACCUGGUGCUAAACUAUUCAUAUGAGAGUCGACUGCUGUGAGGUGCCUUCAUCCUGUUCACCAUGACAUGCGCAUACAUACUAGUCCGUUUUGCUGCAGUUUCUGCCUUAUGGCUGGUCAUCCCAUAUCCUGUUUGUUACAAAUACACACAACUCCUUUGAUGGUAUGAAGGAGGCCAACCUUUGGUGGUGACAAAAGGCCAUCAUAGGUCACUGGCCCAGAAUGAAUGUACACAACAUGCAUGCAGACACAAGUCACUCUGGGGAGCAAAUGCAGCAGAAUAAAACUUUUGCCAACACUUUAUUACUUUUUCUUCUCUCUCCCUCUUUCCGCCUUCUCCCUUGCAGCUCUCUGCUGCUUUAACACUUCAUGUCUGUGUCAUGUGGGGGGCGGGGGGGAGGAGCAUGGGCUUGAAAGGGCAUGCCCAUUUUUCUGUUGCGCUUCGUGAUCAUUUGUGAUCCCAGGAAAACAAUUAAGGUGCAUGGCCUGUGUGCUUUUCAAAUUGAUCUUUGAUGCAGACUUCUUGAUACCUUUUUCUUUUUUUAAAAGACGAAAAGGAUUUUCAGUAUUUAUCCCCUUGUAGCCUGUCCUGAUCAGGUUUACGAUAGUACUGUUUGCAUCCAGAAAUUGCAGUUGUUUCAUUUUAUUUCUUCUUGAAUUCAUACACUUAGUAUGAUAAUUUUACACUGUUCUUAGCUCAAUGAGCAUGUUCAGACCUUAACAUAAGCUAUUUUUCUAAAUAUAAAAGGUUUAAGUGAACAAGAGAAGCAUUCUCCUUGGGAUUUUAGCAUUUGAAGUGCUUUGGAAAACAAAAACAAAAGAACAACAAAAAAAAGAGACUCCUUAAAAAAAAACCUGAGAUUUAUUAAAGAAAAAAUGUAUUUUAUGUUAUAUAUAAAUAUAUUAUUACUUGUAAAUAUAAAGACGUUUUAUAAGCAUCAUUAUUUAUGUAUUGUGCAAUGUGUAU